CGUCCACAUCUCAGUCUGUUGCAGCUUACUUCUCGUCAUAAGUUAGAGGGAAAUUCUUACACGCGAACGAUGCGAAAUCGACCGUUCUGAUCCCUAGUGCCGGUAUCCGACGAAUGAGAUUACACUGAUGGAAGCUACUUUUGAUCGGCAGGAGAGCCAACCACCCCCUCCCUUAGAAGGACAGGCAGACAGUUCGGCUUAUAGCGGGAUUCCAGGGCAACGAUGGAUGCCCGAGCCCCUGCAACCAAAUCUUAUGGAUGGCCUUCAGCAGCAAAAUGAAGUCCAGCGGACCUCGACCCUUCCCACCCCGCAGCUCCAUGGCCCACCAGUCCAGCCGGCUCAUCCACAGCUACAACACCCCCAGCAAGUACAACCUACAGCCCAGGUACCGCAACAAGCAUCUCCUCCACCAGCGCCACCACCACCAGCGCCACCACCUCCUCCCCCCCAAGAAGUCUCGCCACAUGACCAGACCUCGAUUAACCAUUCGCUGCACCCUCAAUCUACUUCUCAACCUCCUUCUUAUCAUCUCCAGAGCCCUGACCAACCCCCCCCAAGGCAGCCUGGACGACCAAAAUCCCCUACACCAGCCCACCAGGCAGGCCAUCCUUCCGCUCCCCAGCUAGUCCUUACCAAUUUUAAGAUUGAAUUCACCUGUACAACCUGUGGAGCUCUAAAUCAAAGCUUCUUCCCAAACCAAGGAAAUGUUACUGGUGGCAGCUAUAUGCCUCCUCGUUCUGUGACUGAGCAGGCCACAACACCUCGUCCUGGCCCAUCGGUGCCAUUUAGCACUUCUCAGAAUAACGAUAACGAUGGAUCCAGUAAACAUGCCGGGGAUGCUCACCGAUACGACAGAGCCCGCAGGGCUAGUACCCGGGGGGGACAGUCGCCUUGGGUACCAUCAGGAGGAGCCUUGGAGGUUCCAUUGCCACCUACUCAUUCGCAGAAUAAUCCCGCGUAGAAUAUUCGACUACCUCACGGUCAGCGAAAGCUCCCUUUCUUGCUGAUUUUCCCGAUUUCAUUGCAGUAUCCUUACCACCUGGACUGUACUACCUUUGAUAUUAAUGUUUCGUCCGGCGAGAUCUGGUCGUUAUAACCAGUCGAAGAUUUCAAGGCGCACCUCGGACAACUAACGAGACUGAGAAUGCUAGCAUUGGCUCCACAACCAGAUCUGGGUCUUCAUUUUAAAUAAUGAUGAUUAGUGAGAUACAGAUCGGCCUAAGCAAGGACCCUUCGCUUCAACCAAAUUGAAGCGUAUUUUGUGACAGAUAUCAAGGCCUUCGAUGUA